AAUAAUCAAACCCAAUAUUUUGUGUAUUUGCAAAUCGUCUUCGUCCCGCCCAUUUAUUUUGCAAGGACUACGUUGAGCCACGUACUACUUUCUUCCGAGCUCCAUUUCCAUGGCGGAUCGGAAUCCCAACCUCAACUCCGCCGCCCAUUUUGUGGAUCCUCGGAGCGGUUUCUGUCCUCAGACCAAGAUUUUUCACAGUCUCCGACCACCGCUCUCGCUCCCGCCGAUACCUCAGCCUCUCUCCAUUACUGACCAUGCCCUUUCUCUCGUACAAUCUUCCCCUCCUCCGGCGAACACUACCGCUCUCGUCGACUUCGACUCCGGCGUCCAUGUCUCCUACGCUCUUCUCCUCCGUGAAAUCCGAAAUCUCUCCGCUAAUCUCAAAGCUCUCACAUCACUGUCCAGUGGUCAAGUGGCUUUUAUUCUUGCACCGACUUCUCUGCAAGUUCCUGUGUUGUAUUUCGCUCUGUUAUCCAUCGGCGUCACUAUCUCUCCGGCUAAUCCAACUGGUUCCGAGUCGGAGAUUGCUCACCAGGUUCAACUCAGUAAACCGGUCAUUGCAUUCGCUACGUCCUCAACGGCGGCCAAGCUCCCAAGGAAGCUUGGGAAAAUCCUGAUAGAUUCGCCUGAGUUUCUCUCCAUGAUGACUGAAAGCAAUCGCUCGGAUGGUGUCGCCGACGUUAAAAUCAACCAAACCGACUCGGCGGCGAUUCUCUACUCGUCAGGCACUACAGGGCGAGUGAAGGGCGUCUUUCUGUCUCAUCGGAACCUCAUUGCGGCCAACUCUACUCUUGCGUCGUUGGUCGAGCAAGGAGAGAUAGAGCCACGUACGGUUUCUCUGUUUCUGUUACCACUGUUCCAUGUUUUCGGGUUCUACAUGAUGAUUCGAGGGAUUUCUCGAGGCGAUACAUUGGUUCUGAUGCAGAGAUUCGACUUCGAGGGGAUGUUAAGAGCAGUGGAGAAGUAUAUGGUCACGUAUAUUCCGGUUUCUCCGCCGCUGGUGCUGGCGUUGGCCAAGUCGGAGCAGGUGGCGAAGUACGACCUCAGUUCUCUUCAAUUUUUGGGAUGCGGCGGCGCUCCCCUUGGGAAAGAAGUCGUCGAGAAAUUCCAAGAGAAGUUCCCCAACGUAGAAAUUAUACAGGGAUAUGGCCUGACAGAGAGUACAGCAGCGGCAGCAAGGACUUUGGGGCCUGAGGAAUGCAGUAAUACAAGUUCAGUAGGUCGCCUAUCUGAAAGUAUGGAAGCCAAGAUAGUGGAUCCUGCAUCUGGAGAGGCCUUACCUCCUGGCCACAGAGGAGAGCUUUGGCUGCGAGGUCCUGGAAUCAUGAAAGGUUAUGUUGAAGAUGACAAGGCAACUGCUGAAACCUUGCAUCCGGAGGGAUGGCUAAAGACUGGUGAUCUUUGCUAUUUUGAUUCUGACGGAUUCCUCUACAUUGUUGAUAGAUUAAAAGAAUUGAUCAAGUACAAGGCUUAUCAGGUUCCACCUGCUGAAUUGGAACUCUUGCUUCAAUCCAAUCCUGAGAUCAUUGAUGCCGCUGUGAUACCCUAUCCUGAUGAAGAAGCAGGAGAGAUUCCUAUGGCUUAUGUGGUUAGAAAGCCUGGUAGCAAUAUCAGUGAGGACCAAGUCAUUGAUUUCAUUGCAAAACAGGUUGCACCGUACAAGAAAAUUCGGCGAGUAUCUUUUAUCAACGCAAUCCCGAAAUCACCUGCAGGGAAGAUUCUCAGGAGGGAGCUCGUCAGUCAUGCUCUCUCUCAGGGUUCUAACAAGCUGUAAGAAAGAAAGGGUCAUUAAAAUGUAUAUAAUUUGGCACCUCGGAAACUGUGGCAGCUUAAAAAUUGUAGUUCCACCUCAUUAUUUCCCGGCUACUUCAGAAGCAUUUUCAUUUGCAGCCUCCUGCACAGCAAAAUGUAGAAUAAAGCCGAAGUUUCUACCUUUAAUUUUCAUGUUGGAAAUGUCUUAUGUAGCUGCGAGCUGAAUGAUUAUUGUCUUAAUUUAAAGAACUGUGUCCGAUCCUGAAUAAACAUCCUUCGUGAAAAUUAGUCAAUAUUCUUUGAUCCGAAAAUUUUCUGAUAUUCGUUUGUACAUAUAGUACCAGCUGUUGCAGGAGUGGCCAUGGCGCUUAAACAGCUUCCUCUGAAUCUUUGGAUUGGAUUCUGCUGUUCCCCCAUACGGCUCAGAUCAUGUUCAUUGUUCAGGUUGGGACCCCACUCGAUCUUAUUCUGUUUACUUUAGCUAAUAUUGAUUCAGAUUCACAGAUAAAGCUUUGAGAUGGCACCUCGUGUUAAUGGCUGCCAACCCACCAACUCCGGGGAACGGCAUCAAUCCCCUGCAUGAAAAUCCAUUCGACUGCAGCUGAAUCAGGGCUCUCUCUUCAACAGAUUAAAAAUUCUCCAUCGUCUCGCUUUCUCCAAAGAGAGAUGCUUCAGCUUAUUUCACGGAGAGAGAGAGCAGCGGCGGAAUUCAAUUCAAUGGCUCCUUGCCGGCGGUGGUUUCCAUCGUUCGAUGUAAAUUUCUUCAGUAAAUGUAAGUCUCGAAUCCAAUCGCCCUCUUCAAGCCACUUUCACAGUAGUGCCAUGGCCGUCCCCAUAUCUGGAAAGAUUCCCCCUUAAAAUAUAGUCGUUUAUGGACAUCCAAGUCAGCCAAAUAACAACCCAAAAUAGAGAUGUCUCGAACGAUUGAAAAUCAUGUAUUUCUUCCGGUAGUUCUUAGAUUGGGUAUUCUUCAAAUGCUUAUCACAGUUAGAUUUAGAAUAUAAUUUGCGGUUUUCUAGAAUCCAAGAAUUGACAGAUUCAAGAAAUGGAUACCCAGAAGUUGGAUUGGGAGUUAGCUGAAACACAGGCUCAUUUAGAAGGCUUUCGAAAUUGAAUUUUGUUUGAGUUUAGAUCCAAAUGACCUGUUUCAUUUGAAAGAAAUUAUGGAAAUUUUAGAAGUAACAUUGACUCUGAAGAUGGGACUCAAGAUUUGGAGGCAUUACUAAUAGAAGGAUACAAUCUGAACGAA